AUGAAUCCGUUAUGCCUGGUUAACGUGUUCCACGUCAUCAUCUUCUUCUCGAUUACUGCCAUCAUCAACUGCUUGAAGAACACUAAAAUAAAGAAAGAACAAGAGACGAAAGUGUUGCAAACGACGCCGAUCACCUACGAAACGGACCCGGAAGUUGUAGAGAAGGAGCGGAAGAGAAGAAUAGCCGAGAACCGGGCGAGAAUGAAAAAGAAGCGGGAGAAGGUGAACAUUCAGCUGGAGAAGCAGCAGAAGGCCAAGGAGCUGCUCCAGGAACAGCCGAUCGCCGAGGACUCGACACAGUUGACGUAUUCUUUCGAGUUGAACGAUACGACGAACACUGCUCUUGAGAAUCACGCUGUAAGUUGAGAAAUUCGUACGAUUCAAUAAGGUUUAUACAGGAAACUCGACAGGAGGAGAGCCAAACCAUAAACAGCAUGAUCUUAGAAACCGUCGAAGAUCUGGGCGAAGUUCAGCUGGUGGACCACGAUCCGAACGCCGGAGAGCGGAAGCACCUUAUCAACAGACAGGCCCGUGAACUUGCCAAGAAGAAGAAGACGGAGGAGGCGGUGAUGAAGCAACUUCACGCUUCCGACGUGAGUUUCAUCCGAACCUUCUCGAACUAUUGCAAACUUUCAGACGUUGCGGAGCCCCGAUGACACGCUCAAAAACGUCUCUUCCAUACAAUUCGAAUCUCAAUUGUCCGUCAUCCAGAAGGUUCUCCCAAUCUCCUCCCAAUCAAGCUUCGUAUUUCCAUUUACAGAAAAGGCUGCAGGAGCCGAAAACACUUCUAGAAUCCGGAUCUUCUGAAUCGCAGACUAAGACCGCGGAGAUCAUUGUAAUGAAUAAACGGAAAAAUGUUUCGAAUGACGAACAGCUUCAUGAGCGUAAAUCCACCGAUUUGUGCGGAGGAGGAGAACAUUGAGAGGGAAGGGAACUUUUGAAUAAAUGUUUUGUAUAUUUACUGUUUUUGUGAGACGAAACCACACUUCCCUUGAUCAACUAGUUUUUCUUCUGUUUCUGUUCCUUCUCAAAGUAUCGUUUUUCUUGCACAUUUCCGGUUUUUGAACCUCCGCUCCAUCUUUGGCGUUACUUUACAUUUAUUUCAAAAAAUGAGAAAGCAAAACCUACAAUUCUCAAGUUACCGGAAGCCGACCGGUAACCCAACACUCGGGGAACCACAAGCAGUCGAUGACUUUGCAUUUACUUUCAUAUUCUUGAUUCCUUCAUGACUAUUCCUCCUCAAAAUAAUGAUGUUCCAGUUGGAGUGAGUCGCUUUUCGUUUUGAAAACCAUUCAUUGAGUUGCUUAGCAUCGAAGAAAGAGCUUCAUCAGUUCGGUGCAAAGUGCGAUGAGCCAGAACAGUCAGAAAGUGGAGGGCGGGAAGCGGUACUCUCUGAUCACCCGCUGCUACGCAGAGUUCCUCGGGACUUUUAUAUUCAUCUUUUGUGGUGAGGACGAUGCGUGUUAUCAUCCACUCUAGUGCGGUAGAAUUUAGGAACAAUGCAAGCGAACGUAUAUGACAUCCACCAGCCGGACGGACUCACUCACGCCGCGCUCACCCACGGUCUCGCCACGAUCGUGGUCAUCGCGACGUUCGGUCCAAUCAGCGGGGGGCAUUUCAACCCGGUGGUCUCCUGGGCGGCCGUCCUCGUCCGCAAACUCCCCUUGUUCGCCUUCCCGUUCUAUGUGAUCUCCCAAUUCUUUGCCGGCUUCUCAGCCAAUCUCCUGUCCGCGUGUCUCCAAAGAAAUCGCGAUUUUAUUGUUUGGAAGUCAGUCGGAAGCAUCAAGUAUCCGGUGAUGAACGAUAGCAUCGAGUUCGGCUACGAUCGGGUCCACAACUCAACGUGGGAGAAGACCAUCAUGCUGACGACUCAGUUGGCUGCCACGUCAUCCGGAGCCACUCACUUGGGAGAUCAGAAUGUUUGGUGGGAGGGGCUGAUGAGCGAGACUAUCACCACUUAUUUUUUCGUCACUAUCAUUCUCAUGAAUGCCAUGGACACUGGACCGGUAAGUAUACAAUGACCGAAUAGCCAGCUCUAGCGAUGAACUAUUCCAGACUGCUGCAAGUCCAAUGAUUAUUGGAAUGAUGGUGAUCGCUAACAUCUUUGCCACGUAAUCCGCACGCUUUCUUCUCAUUUCAAUACCCAUUUUGCAGGGCCUCAAUAACCGGAACGGCCAUGAACCCAGUACGUGCUCUUUCUCCGAACGUUGUCGCCGAAAUCGUGCUCUCGUCGGCCUCGAUCCCUGCCAAGUUCUGGACGUACCACUACAUCUACUGGGGCGGUCCGUUCCUUGGAUCCACAAUUGCAGUGAUCGGCUACAAAUUGCUUCUCGCCAAGAAUGAUCGUUUGGUUCCCUAG